AUGAGAUUUCUGCCACAUCUUCGUGUGCUUCCCGAGGAAAAGAUUGAGAACUAUUCUAGCGAUGCCUCCGUGAGCUCAGCAGAUCUCCACGAAGAGGCCAGUCCGGGCUCUAAAGAUGAGGGCACAAAAGUCGAAGCUUUAGAGCAUGAAAAUCAGAACACUAAUGCCGUGCAUGGGGGUAUUCCGUAUGAACUUCGCGACGAGAAGGGCCGCAGAUGGUGGAAAUUCUUCGACGAGUUUGAGUAUCGCUCGAAUUCUGAGUACAAGAAAAGUCGGAACUGGUACACUUUCUUGUACCCAAACCAUACCACGCAGACCAAGGCUGAACGUAGGUUGCUGUACAAGCUAGACCUCAUGAUUGGGAUGUACUUUUUGAUGCUGUGCUGGUCCAAAUCCUUGGACCUUAAUAAUUACAGCAAUGCUUAUUUCUCGCACAUGCGGGAGGACCUCAAUAUGGCCAACAACGACUACAUCAACACGGUGGCCAUCUCCAAUGUGGGUGCCAUCGUGCUACAACUACCUUUCAUGUAUUUGCUACCGAGGUUUCCUUCUCACUUGAUAUUGCCCAUCAUGGAUUUGGGUUGGUCUUUCUUCACCUUUGCCUGUUACCGGGCAAAUUCGCUGGCCGAGCUCAGGGCUUAUAGAUUCUUCGUCAGCGCUUUUGGUUCGGCUUACUAUCCGGUUUCGCAGUAUGUCCUGGGAUCCUGGUACGCGCCCGAUGAAAUCAGCUCUAGGGUGUGCUUGUUCUUCUGUGGCCAGCUGCUCGGAGGUGUUACUUCUGGCCUUCUGCAGGCGAGGACCUUCCAGGACCUUGAUGGCGUCCGCGGGAUUGCGGGUUGGAGAUGGAUGUUUUUGAUAGACGGGAUUGCCAUUUCGAUCCCUUGCGCCAUUAUUGGGUAUUUUGUGAUUCCAGGUAUUCCUUCAAAGUGUUACUCUUUAUUCCUGAGCGAUGACGAGAUCCGAGUUGCUCGUGAGAGAAACAAGAGAAACCAGAUCAAGGAUGGUGUGGAAAAGAGUCAGUUGUUACCGCUUUGGUCCAAAAAAAUCUGGAAAAAGAUGUUUUUGACUCCGACGUUUUGGGUCUUGGUCAUAUUUGACACCUGUUCUUGGAACAACAUGACAGCCUUCAGUGGGAGUUUCCUCUUUUGGCUUCAACACGAUCACGACUAUUCUGUAGUCACCAUCAACAACUUAGGGGUGCUCCCUGCUUGUCUCGGUUUCGUCUUUGUUUUCGUAUGUGCUUGGGGCGCGGAUUUGUUCCGGUGCAAAUGGAUAUUUAUGGUGUUCUCCCAAGCGAUGAACUGUAUUUCGUGUGCCAUUCUAAUAAAAUGGGACGUCUCGAACAGCGCCAAGUGGUUCGCCUUUUUGAUCACCUACUUCUCCGUUGCAGCGUCUCCUUGUCUUUGGUCGUUUAUCAACGACUUUCUGAGGUUGGACCCACAGAUGCGGGCCGUCACUUGGAUCGCGAUCUACACUUUUUCACAGUCCACAUACGCUUGGAUCCCUACUUUGGCGUGGAAAACCGUAGAGCAGCCCAGGUUUAAGACCGGUUAUACUGUGAGUUUAAUCUUCUCUGCUAUCUACGGUCUAUGGACCUUCGUCGUGCUAUACUUUUACAAGAGACACGAAAAGAAACAUGCUCUAGGGAAUGGGAUCAUUUUGUAUAACAGCGAAAACGGUCAGUGUGCCCCAGAGUUCGUCAACUCACAGAUGGAGAAGAGGGGUGAUUACUACUACUUGAAAGAAGCAGAUAGUGACAAGCAGUAA